CGGAGAAAUCAUGUGAGCGACUGGGAAGGAGUCUGGUAUCCUGCAUGAUGCUGGAUACGUAGUACAAAAUUAAACGUUGAAAUUCGGUUCUGAACACUAUAAUUUACGCGCCGCGCUCAAGUCGGAUGCAACCAGCUUUGACCUCACCAUCACCAUCACUAGCUAUGACAUUGCUAGCUAUGACGAUCUCAUCGUGUCGCACACAAGACGUGAACAACGACGAAGUGAGCAUGACCUUGUGGCCGGCGAACCAACAUUUGCCCCCCCCCCGGAGUUCGAUCUUCCGGCAGUGCGCGCGCGUGCUCCUGCGCCUGCGCCUGCUCCCGCUGCUCCUUCUCCUGCUCCGGCCGUCCCGUCGACUUCUGAGCUGCCGAGAGACGCCUGUUCGCCUGGGGUCCGUACGCGAGCGCGGGCCAAGAGGGAAUCGAUGGUGGCUCCAUUGCCGAAGCCGCGCUUUUUUUCUGGGAUUUCAAAGGAAAAGGGACGCGCCUCGGGCUCGGGGAGCAGCUCGAAGGCACCGAGGUCGAAUCGCGGGGCGAGGCAACCGUCCACCGUCCUCAAGUGCAUCUCGAAAGAGCAUCAUGUCCGGCAUCCAAGAAGGCCUCUGGACGAUGCAAGUACGAGCCAAUGGAAUGAUCAAUCGAUGUCCAAAAUCUUGUUAUGUAGCACUCAGCGGGGAUACUCAACUGGGGAAGAUCUCACACUUGUAACAUUGUAACCGCACAGCGGUAUGAGUAGCUAGACUAAUAACAUGAUGAGGCAAAACUGAUAAAGG